UAGGAGAAGCUGUUGUCACGAUCACUUCAAAGAGGUGAAGAUCUUCAGUUUGACCAGGUGAUCAGCUGUAUGAGCUCUGUAGCAGAGCACUGUCUCCCCUCAUUACUCCGCACCUUGUUUGACUGGUAUAAACGACAAAAUGGGACUGAAGAUGAAUCGUAUGAAUACAGGCCUCGUUCUAGCACAAAAUCUAAAGGGGAUGAACAGCAGCGAGAACGAGACUACUUACUUGAAAGGAGAGACCUGGCUGUAGACUUUAUUUUUUGUUUAGUUUUAGUAGAGGUCCUAAAGCAGAUUCCUGUUCACCCAGUUCCAGAUCCCCUAAUACAGGAAGUUCUAAACCUGGCUUUUAAGCACUUUAAACACAAAGAAGGGUAUUCAGGAACAAACACUGGGAACGUACAUAUUAUUGCAGAUUUAUAUGCAGAAGUUAUAGGUGUCCUUGCACAGUCCAAAUUUCAGGCUGUGAGGAAGAAGUUUGUCACAGAAUUAAAAGAAUUGCGACAGAAGGAACAAAGCCCCCAUGUGGUUCAGAGCAUCAUCAGCUUGAUCAUGGGAAUGAAAUUCUUCCGUGUCAAGAUGUAUCCUGUGGAAGAUUUUGAAGCCUCUUUUCAGUUUAUGCAGGAAUGUGCACAGUACUUCUUAGAAGUGAAAGACAAGGACAUAAAACAUGCACUUGCUGGUCUGUUUGUAGAAAUUCUCAUCCCUGUGGCUGCUGCUGUAAAAAAUGAAGUAAAUGUGCCAUGUUUAAAGAAUUUUGUAGAGAUGCUCUACCAGACCACGUUUGAACUCAGCUCAAGAAAGAAGCAUUCCCUGGCACUAUAUCCACUGGUUACCUGUCUGCUGUGUGUCAGCCAAAAACAGUUUUUCCUGAACAAUUGGCACAUUUUCUUGCAAAACUGUUUGUCACAUUUAAAGAAUAAAGACCCUAAAAUGUCUCGCGUUGCACUGGAAUCUUUGUACAGAUUGUUGUGGGUUUACGUUAUUCGGAUAAAAUGUGAAAGCAACAAUGUAACACAUAGCCGCCUUAUGAGCAUUGUAUCCGCACUUUUCCCCAAGGGCUCCCGUAGCGUUGUGCCCCGUGACACCCCUCUUAAUAUAUUUGUCAAGAUUAUUCAGUUCAUUGCUCAGGAACGUUUAGAUUUUGCAAUGAAAGAAAUAAUAUUUGAUCUUCUGAGUGUUGGAAAAUCUUCAAAAACAUUUACUAUCAACCCAGAGAGGAUGAAUAUUGGUCUCAGAGUCUUCCUUGUCAUAGCAGACAGCUUGCAGCAGAAAGAUGGGGAGCCCCCCAUGCCCCCACAACUGGAGUUGUUCUUCCCUCAGGAAACACUUUACGUGUCAAGAAAAUCUUUCUAAAUAAAACACUCACAGACGAAGAAGCCAAAUGCAUAGGCAUGUCUGUUUACCACCCCCAAGUCCGAAAAGCAUUGGACAGUAUACUAAGGCAUCUGGACAAAGAAGUUGGCAGGCCAAUGUGCAUGACAAGUGUGCAGAUGUCUAAUAAAGAGCCUGAGGAUAUGAUCACGGGUGAAAGGAAACCCAAGAUUGAUUUAUUUAGGACUUGCAUUGCUGCUAUUCCAAGGCUUAUCCCUGAUGGUAUGAGCAGGGCUGAUCUCAUCGAAUUGCUAGCAAGGCUCACAAUUCAUAUGGAUGAAGAGCUGCGUGGGCUUGCUUUCAAUACCUUACAGGCACUAAUGCUUGAUUUUCCUGACUGGCGGGAGGAUGUUCUUUCUGGAUUUGUAUACUUCAUUGUGCGGGAGGUGACUGACGUGCACCCCACUCUUUUAGACAAUGCUGUGAAGAUGUUGGUCCAGCUAAUAAAUCAGUGGAAGCAGGCUGCUCAGAUGCACAAUAAAAACACAGAUUCACAGCGGGGCCUGGCCAAUGGAGGAUCCCAUACUCUCCCGCUAGAGAGAAGCCCAUUCUCCAAUGUGUUCCAUGUUGUAGAGGGUUUUGCACUAGUCAUUUUAUGUAACAGCCGAUCUUCCACAAGGAGACUUGCUGUAAAUGUGCUGCGGGAGAUACGGACUCUGUAUACUGUGUUAGAACUUCCUAAGUGUGAUGAAGAGCUGGCUAUUGAUGUGAUGGACAGGCUUAGUCCUUCUGUUCUAGAAAGCUUUAUACAUCUUACAGGAGCAGAUCAGACCACUUUGCUGUACUGUCCAAAUUCGAUAGAUCUACAGACACUUGCAGAGUGGAGCUCCUCGCCAAUCAGCCAUCAGUUUGAUGUUGUCAGCCCAUCGCAUAUAUGGAUCUUUGCACACGUUACACAGGGUUUGGAUCCAUGGAUAAUAAGCUUGUCUAGCUUCAUGAAACAAGAUAAUCUGCCCAAGUAUUGCCCCACAGCUGUCAGCUAUGCCUGGAUGUUUUCCUAUACUCGCUUGCAGCUUCUGUCUCCACAAGUUGAUAUAAACAGCCCUAUUAAUGCAAAGAAAGUGACUGCAGUAAUCGGCAGUGACUCCUACAUUGGACUUUGGAGGAACUACUUAAUUCUUUGCUGCAGUGCAGCAACGUCCUCCUCUUCUUCAGCAUCUACUGGUUCCGUACGAUGUUCCCCUCCUGAGACGCUGGCGUCUACCCCAGAUAGUGGAUAUAGCAUUGAUCCAAAAAUAAUUGGCAAUCCAUCUCCCUCAUCUCUGUUCAAGCACAUAGUACCCAUGAUGCGUUCUGAAAGCAUGGAAAUCACAGAAUCUCUAGUUCUGGGCCUUGGCAGGACCAACCCUGGAGCUUUUAGGGAAUUAAUAGAAGAGUUGCACCCCAUAAUUAAAGAAGCACUUGAUAGAAGACCAGAGAACAUGAAGCGGCGCCGGCGUCGAGAUAUUUUACGAGUACAACUGGUCCGUAUAUUUGAACUGCUGGCAGAUGCUGGUGUCAUCAGUCACAGUGCAAGUGGAGGCCUGGAUAAUGAAACACAUUCCCUGAACAAUACUCUGCUUGAGUAUGUAGAUUUAACCAGACAGUUACUUGAAGCAGAGAAUGAGAAGGACUCUGAUACCCUGAAAGAUAUCCGGUGCCAUUUUAGUGCCUUAGUGGCGAAUAUCAUUCAAAAUGUUCCAGUGCACCAGAGAAGAAGUAUAUUUCCUCAGCAGAGUCUACGUCACAGUCUUUUCAUGUUAUUCAGCCACUGGGCCGGACCAUUCAGCAUAAUGUUCACACCUUUGGACAGAUACAGUGAUCGGAACAUGCAGAUCAAUAGACAUCAGUACUGUGCAUUAAAGGCGAUGUCUGCUGUGUUAUGUUGUGGUCCUGUAGCUGACAACGUGGGUCUGUCACCUGAUGGAUAUUUAUACAAAUGGCUGGAUAACAUUUUGGACUCCCAAGACAAGAAGGUUCAUCAGCUGGGAUGUGAAGCCGUCAUGCUUUUGCUGGAGCUUAACCCUGACCAGAGCAACCUCAUGUACUGGGCAGUGGAUCGCUGCUACACUGGCUCCAAGAGGGUGGCAUCAGGCUGCUUUAAAGCCAUUGCCAGUGUUUUCCAGAACAGGGAUUACCAGUGUGACACAGUUACACUCCUUAAUCUGAUACUGUUUAAGGCGGCUGAUUCUGCCAGAGAUAUCUAUGAAGUUGCUAUGCAAUUGCUGCAGAUUUUGGAGCCCAAGAUGUUCCGAUAUGCUCACAAAUUGGAAGUACACAGAACGGAUGGAAUAUUGAGUCACCCAUCCCCUCUGCCACACCUUUACUCAGUAUCCUACUACCAGCUUUCUGAAGAACUAGCACGGACAUACCCAGAACUUACUCUUCCAAUUUUUUCAGAAAUCAGCCAGAGAAUACAAACAGCGCACCCUGCUGGUCGACAGGUGAUGUUGCACUAUUUGCUACCAUGGAUGAAUAAUAUUGAGCUGGUAGAUUUGAAGCCUUUGCCUACUGUGCGAAGACAUGAGGAUGAUGUUGACGAGUCACUGCAAGACCGUGAUGUGAUGGUUAACAGCAGGCGCUGGCUCAGAGGAGAAGGAUGGGGAUCGCCGCAAGCCACUGCUAUGGUUUUAAAUAACUUGCUGUACAUGACAGCAAAGUAUGGUGAUGAAGUGGCCUGGUCUGAAAUUGAAAAUGUGUGGACCACCCUUGCAGAUGGCUGGCCAAAAAAUCUGAAAAUUAUUUUGCACUUUCUUAUAAGCAUUUGUGGUGUAAACAGUGAACCGAGCUUGUUGCCUUAUGUAAAGAAGGUGAUUGUGUAUCUGGGUAGAGAUAAGACGAUGCAGCUUCUGGAGGAACUGGUUAGUGAGCUACAACUCACAGAUCCAGUGAGCUCUGGAGUAACUCAUAUGGACAAUCCACCAUAUUACCGCAUCACUUCAAGCUAUAAAAUACCCUCUGUCACCUCAGGAACCACAUCCAGCAGCAAUACAAUGGUAGCUCAAACUGAUAGCAAUCUGGACAACAAACAUACAAGAGAUGGUGCUGAUGAUAAUUAUCCCCAUCUUGAUAUCUACAGCGGUUUGAAUAGCAACCUGAAUCGCCAGCACCACAGGCUGGAAUCUCGGUACAGCAGUAGCUCUGGAGGAUCCUACGAGGAAGAGAAAAGCGACGCAAUGCCCUUGUUCUCUAACUGGCGUCUCAAAGUGAUGGAAUAUAACCGUGGAGAACCACUACCCUUUCCACCCUCAGGAGGCUGCUGGUCACCUCUUGUGGAUUAUCUGCCAGAAACCACGUCUCCUGGCACAUGUUUGCAUAGGUGCAACAUUGCAGUGAUCCUGUUGACAGACCUCAUCAUUGAUCAUAGUGUAAAAGUGGAGUGGGGGGGAUACCUUCAUCUCUUGCUGCACGCCAUCUUCAUUGGGUUUGAUCAUUACCAUCCUGAGGUAUAUGAGCAUUGUAAGCGCCUCCUGCUACAUUUAUUAAUCGUUCUUGGACCCAACAGCAGUGUGCAGAGUGUGGCAUCUAUCCUUCUCAGGAACAGGGAAUGUAAUGAGCCACGAGUGCUGACUGUCAAAAGCAAUGCACACCUGGAGUACUCCUUCACAGGUAUUAAUGAUUUUAUACCAGAAUACCAGCCUUCCCCAAUGACGGACUCAGGGCUCAGCUCAAGUUCUACCUCUUCAAGCAUAAGCUUAGGGAAUACAAGCACUGCGGUUCCACACCUCCAGACCACUAUCCUCAAUGAGGUGGAUCUCUCUGUAGAGCAAGAUGAGAAGGUGAAAACCCUCAUAGAGUUCAUUACAUCAAGGAAAAGAGGACCGUUGUGGAAUCAUGAAGAUGUUUCUGCAAAAAAUCCCAGCAUUAAAAGUGCUGAGCAACUUACUGCAUUUUUAAAACAUGUGGUCUCUGUUUUCAAGCACUGUAGAUCAGGGUUCCAGCUUGAGCACCAUCUCAGCGAGGUUGCACUGCAGACGGCUCUGUCCUGCUCAUCUCGCCAUUAUGCGGGAAGAUCGUUCCAGAUCUUCCGGGCCCUCAAGCAGCCUCUCUCUGCACAGACGCUAUCAGAUGUUCUUUCCAGGCUGGUAGAGACAGUGGGAGAUGCUGGGGAAGAAGCACAGGGUUUUGUCAUUGAGCUUCUUCUAACACUAGAGUCAGCUAUUGACACACUGUCAGAAACCAUGAAGCAUUACGACCUCCUGUCUGCACUUGCUCACACCUCAUACCAAGAGCCAAUGAUGGGCAAUAAGAAUGCUGCAAACAGGAAGAGCACCGGGCAGCUGAAUCUAAGCACAAGUCCUCUUAGUAGCGGCAACUUCAUGACAUACUGUAACAAUGCUAGAAGCAACUCUUUGAGGCUAAGUUUAAUGGUUGACCGCAGACUGGACCGACGCGAAGUAACACACUGGAUAUAAUGGAUGGCAGGAUAAACCAUGGGGGAAGUUUAGCAAGGACUAGAAGCCUCUCCUCCCUGCGAGAGGGAGGGAUUCAUGAUCUACAGCCUGCUACUGAUCCCACCAAUCUCAUGGCUACUAUUUUCUGGAUAGCAGCUUCCUUGCUGGAAUCAGACUAUGAGUAUGAGUAUUUGCUUGCUCUUAAGCUACUCAACAAGCUAUUCACUCACCUGCCACUGGAUAAGUCUGAAAGCCGGGAAAAGAUCGAGAAGGUGCAGAGCAAACUGAAAUGGAAUAACUUUCCUGGUCUGCAGCAGCUUUUCUUGAAGGGUUUUACCUCCAUUUCCACACAAGAAAUGACAGUACAUCUGCUCAGCAAGCUUAUAUAACCGUUUCCAAGCACACCAUAGUGGAUCCGCCCCUGCUGAGUGGGUUUCCUCUUAAUAUUUUGUGCCUAUUGCCACAUCUGAUUCAGCAUUUUGAGAACCCAACACCAUUCUGUAAAGAAACAGCCGAAAGGAUAGCAAAGGUUUGUGCGGAGGAGAAGAGUGCCACCUUAACGAAUUUGGCCCAUAUGAUGAGCCUUUAUAGCACGCACAGUUACUCCAGAGACUGUGCCAAUUGGAUCAACGUUGUAUGUCGAUAUAUCCACGAUUCCUUUUCGGAUAUAACAUUCAGUCUGGUCACUUAUCUUGCAGAGCUCCUGGAGAAGGGCCUGUCCAGCAUGCAGCAGUCAUUACUGCAGAUUAUCUACAGCCUCCUCAGUCAUAUUGACCUCUCCACUGCUCCAGUGAAGCAGUUCAACCUUGAAAUUAUAAAAGUCAUAGGAAAAUAUGUUCAGAGUGCGUAUUGGAGAGAAGCACUGAAUAUCCUUAAACUGGUGGUCUCCCGCUCAGCCUGUCUUGUAGUGCCAAAUGACGCUCCAAAAUCCUACAGAGAUAUAAGCUCACCUGAAAUCUCAUUUACAAAAAUAUUUAAUUGUGCCUCAAAAGAGCUACCUGGAAAAACAUUAGAUUUUCAUUUUGACAUAUCAGAGACACCAAUAAUAGGACAGAAGUAUGGAGACCAGCACAGCGCAGCAGGAAGAAAUGGGAAGGCAAAAGUCAUUGCUGUAACUCGAAGUACAUCCUCCACUUCCUCUGGUUCAAACUCCAAUGCUCUUGUCCCUGUUAGCUGGAAAAGACCACAGCUCUCUCAGAGGAGAACUCGAGAAAAGUUAAUGAAUGUCCUGUCUCUGUGUGGGCCAGACUCAGGUCUCCCCAAAAAUCCAUCCGUGGUCUUCUCAUCAAAUGAAGAUCUGGAAGGUGGAGAUCAGCAGACCAGCCUGAUUUUGAGCACAGAGGAAGCCAUUCAAGAGGAGGAAGUGACUGUUGAGGACACCGGCAGUGAACAGCAGUUUGGUGUCUUCAAGGACUUUGAUUUUCUGGAUGUUGAAUUAGAAGAUGCUGAGGAUUUGUCUUCACAGGGCGAAAGUGUCGACAACUUCAACUGGGGAGUACGUAGACGUUCAUUGGACAGUAUUGACAAAGGUGACACCCCGUCUCUGCAGGAAUGUCAGUACUCAGGUAGCACUCCUAGCUUGAACCUAACCAACCAGGAGGACACAGAUGAGUCUUCAGAAGAGGAAGCGCUGACUGCUAGUCAAAUUUUGACUCAUUCACAGAUGGUUAAUAAUGACUCUACAGCAGAGGACAGCACGGCUGACCACAUGGACCACUUCCUCCAGCCUCAGGACUCACUCACUAAUGCUCUGACAGAGGAAGUACUGCAAACCAGAGCUGAGACCCCCAGUGUGGAGGUGACCCCUCCAGAUAGCGCUAACAGUCAGCUGCCUGAGGAUGUCAGCACACUGGUCAAGGAUGAACAGCUGAGCACAGCAAGUGAGGACACCAGCUCCUAUGCUACACAAGACCAACAUGAAGCUUUGAUUUGUCAGGAGCCCCUGGAAGUGGAUGAACCGUGUGACCUGGAAGCACCAGCUCCAGGCAGCUCCCGGGACUCUGUCUGUGAAGAUGAGGUUACACUGGCUUUAAAAGAGCUGGAUGAGCGAUGUGAGGAGGAGGAGGCAGAUUUUUCUGAUUUGUCCAGCCAAGAUGAGGGUGAACAGGACGGCUUUGCAGAAGUUCAGACGUCGCCUCCACCGUCACCUUUCCUCUCAGCAAUAUUAGCUGCUUUUCAGCCAGUAACCUAUGAAGAUGAGGAAGAAGCCUGGCGCUGCCAUGUCAAUCAGAUGUUAUCGGAGACAGAUGGCUCCUGUGCUGUGUACACCUUUCAUAUCUUCUCCAAGCUCUUUCAGUCGAUUCAGAAAAAGUUUGGGCUGUAACAAAUGAUUCCAUUAACUUUUUGGGAGAAAGCCUUCAGAGAAUAGGAACAAAAUUUAAAAGCUCCUUGGAGGUAAUGAUGGCAGGUUCGGAGUGCCCAACAGUGUUCGUGGAUGCAGAAACGCUGUUGUCAUGUGGGUUGUUGGAAACCUUGAAAUUCAGCGUUUUAGAACUACAAGAACACCUGGACACAUAUAAUGUUAAACGAGAGGCAGCAGAACAGUGGCUGGAAAAUUGCAAGAAAACAUUCAGUUCUGGAGAUGGCAGUCAUGUUCCCAGUACAGAAACCCAGCAAAUGGAAGUUCUAGCAGAGCUUGAGCUGUGCCGAAGACUUUACAAACUGCACUUCCAGCUGCUGCUGCUCUUCCAGGCCUACUGCAAGCUCAUCAAUCAAGUGGACACUAUUAAGAAAGAGAAGGAGGUCAUAAACAUGUCAGAGGAGCUGUGUCAGCUGGAGGCAUGUCUAAAAGAAGCAGAAGCCACCUCUGACAUUGGCAUCGAGGACUGUGACUUCUCUGAUUUUUAUCAAGCAAGCACUGAGGCUGCUGUCCACUCUCUCAUUGAGGCCCUUAGAGGAAAGGAAUUUGUGUCAGCCAUAGCACAAGUCAAGGCUUUCAGGACUAUCUGGCCCAGUGAUAUCUUUGGCAGCUCAGAAGACGAUCCGAUCCAAACUCUGCUGCAUAUAUAUUUCCGCCAUCAAACUCUGGGUCAGACUGGCAGCUUUGCCAUUGUUGGCUCCAAGCAGGACAUGUCCAAAGCCAGUUCUAAACUGAUGGAGCUAAAUGUAGAAAUCCGAAUGUCACUACGUUUGGUGCAGUCAUACCAACUCCUAUCUAAAGCCAAGCCUGUCACCAGUACGGUGAGCACUGACAUUUGA